AUGGAGAAAUUUUUCAGUUCAGAAUUUCCUGUCGACUGUUGUAAUCACAAAUCAGAACCACAGAAGUUGGAUGAAAAUUUGGUUAACCAAGACCUAAAAACUGUUGAUGUGGACAAAGAAGUUAACCGUAAAGUAACUAAAGAACAGACAACACAGAACCUUGGUGACAAUGUCCAUACUGAGAAGUCUGAAUUGCACCGGAUCUUAGAACGUCAGACCCUGUUGAUGGAAAGACAACAAGCGACAGUAGAAAGAUUCACGACAGGAAUGGAAUUGCCGAAGAGAGAGUUUCUAUAUUUCGAUGGUAAUCCAGUAAAUUAUACAAGAUUCAUGAGAAAUUUCGAGCUAAAUGUGGAAAAUUGUGUAAUUUUACCAGCAGAUGAAGGUUAUGCAAAGGCCAAAGAGAUCUUAAGGAAGAACUUUGGACAAAAACAUAUAAUCGUUCGCGCAUUUAUUGAAAGAGUCACAAAAGGUCCACAGAUUAAGCCUGGUGAACCAGACAAGUUAAUGCAAUUGGCUCGGGAUAUGCGUAAUUGUUUGUUGAACUCCACGCAACUGAACUAUAAAGCGGACAUAAACGCAAUGGAUACCCUUUCGAAGAUUGUAAAGAAACUACCUUCGUAUUUACAAGCAAAAUGGGCAGAACGUUCUGGUACUCUAAUUGGAUGUGACAUCGAACCUGAAUUUCAACAUUUGACAGAAUUUGUGGAGAAAAAUGCUUCCACUGCAAACACAAUAUUCGGAAAAUUGGUUGGGGCAAAACCAGAUGAUGAUAACAAGAAUAAAUUCAAACCACGAAUAUCAAACAAAGGAACAUUAGGAGUUACUAGAUAUACAGAAAGCCAAACCAGUGAGACACGACCACCAGGCAAUGUUGAAACGACCGGUUAUAAAGAUAACAAUUCUCAUCCUGCAAGAAAGCAAGUCAGAUGUAUAUACUGCAAUCAAACUAAUCGCGAUUUGGAAAGGUGUUACAAGUUUCGGGAAAAAACGCAUAAAGAAAGAAUGGAUUUUGUUCGUAAAGAGAAGCUUUGUGAUAAUUGUUUUCGAAGGAAUCAUCUGGCGAAAAGAUGUAGAUUUAAUCCCUCCUGUAUGAUAAGUGGUUGUGGAAGGAAACAUCACUCCCUUUUGCACCCCCCCCCCCCCAUCGAAAUCAGAAAAUGAAUUCAGUGAAGGUCUUAACGAUCCAGGAAGAAGUGAAGAAUCCCCUCAUGGCAACAAGGCCGGUAGUUCUGGGAACUGUUCUGCUACAGCAAACAGACGUCAGAAGGUGAGCCUCAGGAUUGUUCCCGUGAAAGUCAAGAACGAGGAUGGAACUCGUGAAAUAGAAACUUACGCAUUUAUUGACAACGGUUCCGACACGACAUUGUGUUCGAAGGAUUUAGUACAUGAACUUAAUCUAUCAAGUAAACCUUGUGAAUUCACUUUAACCACAGUUAAUGGACAAGAUAAGUCAGGGAAUGGUCAAGAAGUGAAGUUAAACAUUCAGAGCUUAAAUGGUGACGGUAGCAUUCAGUUAGAUCGUGUCUGGACUGUCGACAGCCUACCAAUAUCUGAACAGUGCAUUCCAACAGUUGAAAAGAUCAACCGUUGGUCACAUUUGAGCGACAUAGAAUUUCCAAAGUUGGAAAACGCUAAAGUUACUAUUUUGAUUGGAAGCGACGUGCCCGAAGCUCACUGGAUUUUUGAAGAAAGACGUGGUAGACCAAGAGAGCCAUUAGCUGCACGAACAUUACUUGGAUGGACAUUAUUGGGCCCAGUUGGAAGUGUUUGUCGACAGGAAGUUAAUGUCAACUUUAUACAUACGAAUCAAGAAACGAUAACUUCCCAGCUACAGCGGUUGUACACUGCCGAGUUCAUUGAGACGUCGUGCUCAACAGAUAUGGCGAUGUCAGUCGAAGAUCGUGGAGCACUGGCCAUAAUGGAAAACACCGUUUGUAAAGUUGAUGGUCAUUAUCAAAUCGCGUUACCUUGGCGGUAUCAGUCACCUUGUCUUCAAAACAACAGAUCGAUGGCCGAGAGAAGACUACGCUUGUUACAGAAUCGCUUGAAGAAAGAUGAAUCACUCUGGGUGAAGUACAGAGUAUAA